AUGGAUGAACCAACUCCCACAGUAUUUUACGAGACACGACGUCACAUUACGAGGCCCUAUACUCCCAGUUACCCUCCCCAACAGGCCAAUGACGGCAGUAAAGGGAGCUUUCUUUCACUGCUUUCCCUUCAAGGUGUGAACCAACUCAAAGAGAAAUGGAACGAAUACAAACAGCCAAGAAAAUUGAGAAAAUUGGCAUCAUUGUUUAUCUCUCCAAGAGGUGAGCGUGUGGCUGUGGCUUCUGGAAAUCAGAUAACAAUUUUGCAGAAGGAGGAUGACUACUCAAAGCCAUGCGGCACUUUUACAAGCGGCAGCCUUACUUCAUUUACAACAGGGACUUGGUCAGAAAGUCAUGAUGUUCUUGGAGUUGCUGAUGACACUGAUACACUAUAUUUUAUCAAAGCAAACGGUGAUGAGAUAACGAGGAUCGCGAGGAGGCAUUUAAAAGUAUCUCUACCAGUAAUAAGCCUGAUUGUGCAGGAUGAUUCUGAUGCACAGAAAUCUUGUCUGUGUAGCUUUAUUGUGGUCACGUCUGAUGGUUCCCUUCAGCAUGUUGAGAUCUGUCAGGAUCCAAGUUCCUCCAUAUAUUCUGCACGCACCUCAAAUAAUGGAUUAACUGCAAAGGGGCAGCUCCCUGACAAUGUUUUAUGCGUUGACUACCAACCAGGGCUUUCUUUGCUUGCUGUUGUCACACUAACCUCAGGUUCUUGUUAUCUUUCUCUUUGGCGUAGAAGUAGGAUCAUUGAUCUGGAGCAGCUUGUUACCAUUCAGUUUGAGGGUUUUUAUUCCAAACCAAAAGGUCAGAAAAGUCAGCUAGCAUAUCCAAAGGUGCUAAUCUCCCCACAAGCCAAAUUUGUUGCUACUUUAGAUGUGACAGGAUGCUUGCACAUAUUUAAGCUGGAUAAAGACUGCUUUUCACUUUCAAAUUUUACAUGCAGAGAGAGAUGCGAGUCAGAACUGACCAAUAAUUUGUCAAGUGGAGAGGGGGAACAUUUAAGUGACAUUGUGGAUUUUACUUGGUGGUCUGACCACAUCCUUGCUUUUGCAAAAAGGAGUGGCAUUGUUACCAUGCUUGACAUCCUUAGUGGCUUGAAAGUUCAGGAAAAUGGAACUAUAUAUUCUAAGCCCAUUAUAGAAAGAAUAAAUAUGUUUCAAGGAAACAUUUUUCUUUUGGAGACCAUUUCAUCUGAAGAGAGAUCUAACUCAAAGGAAACUAAUGAUUCACAUAGUAUGGAGCAUAUUGCAGUGGACAGCCUUGACCAAAUUGACAUUUCUUCAUUGAACUGGAGCCUUGUAUCAUUUUCUGAGAGGUCCAUCCUGGAAAUGUAUAACAUUUUGAUUAGAAAUGAAAAAUAUCAGGCUGCCUUGGAUUUUGCUGAUUGUCAUGGGUUGGAUAAAGAUGAAGUCAUAAAAUCACAGUGGUUGCAUUCAAGUCAAGGAGCAAAUGAAAUAAAAGAUGCUGUGAGGGCCUUACUUGCAUAUGGGCUGCGCCUAACCAACCAGUAUGGGUUUUCUGAACCUGAAAAGGAUGAAUGUACGGAAAUUUGGGAUUUCCGCAUGGCUAGACUUCAGUUAUUGCAAUUCAAAGACCGGUUGGAGACGUUUCUUGGGAUAAAUAUGGGCAGGUUUUCUGUGCAGGAGUACAGAAAAUUUCGAGCUAUGCCUUUAAAUGAAGCUGCUCUUACUCUUGCUGAAAGUGGGAAGAUUGGGGCUUUAAAUCUCCUGUUCAAGCGCCAUCCUUAUUCACUGGCUCCUUUCAUAUUGGAUAUUUUAGCUGCUAUCCCUGAAACAGUUCCUGUACAAACAUAUGGGCAGCUUCUCCCAGGGAGGUCUCCCCCUACAAGUGUACUUUUGAGAGAAGAGGAUUGGGUUGAAUGUGAGAAAAUGAUAAAUUUUAUCAACAGAUCAUCCAAGGACCAUGAGAUUUGUAUCCAAAUCCAGACUGAACCCAUACUCAAGCAGUGCCUAGGAUCUGUUUGGCCAUCUACUAAUGAACUUUCAAUAUGGUACAAGAAGAGAGCUAGAGAUAUUGAUAGUUGUAGUGGACAGCUAGAUAAUUGUCUUUGCUUGAUUGAGUUUGCUAAUCGCAAAGGUGUAAAUGAGUUGCAGCGAUUCCAUGAGGAUGUCUCAUAUUUGUACCAACUUAUUUAUUCUGAUGACAGUAUCGGUGAAAUAAAUUCCAGUCUGAGUCUUGUCAUUUGGGAACAAUUAUCUGACUAUGAGAAAUUCGGGAUGAUGCUUAAAGGAGUUAAAGAAGAAAAUAUGAUUGGAAGGUUGCGUAAUAUGGCAGUUCCAUUUAUGCAAAAUAGGUUUCAUUAUACAGUCUCAGUUUCACAGGAUCAGGUUGCAGAUAAUCAUCUUACCCCAGAGCAUAACAAGGUUGAGUCAUUUCUGGUUAGAUGGCUAAAGGAAACUGCUUCCGAGAACAAAUUGGACAUCUGCUUGCGGGUAAUAGAGGAAGGGUGCUGUGAUUUCCAAAGUAAUAGCCUAUUUAAGGAUGAGGUUGAAGUCAUAGACUGUGCCCUGCAGUGCAUUUAUUUGUGCACUUCUACUGAUAGGUGGAGUACUAUGGCAACCAUAUUGUCAAAGCUUCCACAUAUUCAAGGUGGUGAAAUAAUUGUUGAUGGUCUUGAGAGAAGAUUGAAAUUGGCAGAAGGCCAUGUUGAAGUAGGGAGGCUCCUGGCAUUUUAUCAGGUACCAAAGCCACUGAAUUUUUUCCUAGAAUCUCAUGCUGAUGGAAAAGGUGUAAAGCAAAUUCUUCGCCUUAUACUGUCAAAGUUUAUACGUCGACAACCUGGUCGAUCAGAUACUGAUUGGGCAAGCAUGUGGCGUGAUAUGCAAUGCAUUAGGGAUAAGGCAUUUCCUUUCCUGGACCUGGAGUAUAUGUUGAUGGAAUUUUGCAGAGGGCUGCUGAAAGCUGGGAAGUUUUCUCUUGCCAGGAAUUAUUUAAAGGGUACAAGUUCAGUUGCUUUGGCAUCUGAGAAGGCUGAAAAUCUUGUCAUACAAGCUGCAAGGGAGUAUUUUUUCUCAGCUUCAAGUCUUACUUGUACUGAAAUCUGGAAGGCUAAGGAAUGCCUCAAUUUAUUUCCAAGCAGCAGAAAUGUCAAAGUGGAGUCUGAUAUUAUUGAUGCACUUACUGUUAGACUUCCCAGACUUGGAGUGACUCUCUUACCCAUGCAAUUCAGGCAAAUAAAAGAUCCGAUGGAGAUAAUUAAAAUGGCAAUCACAUGCCAAACUGGUGCAUAUUUACAUGUUGAUGAACUCAUUGAGAUUGCUAAACUUCUUGGAUUGAGUUCUCCAGACAACAUAUCUUCUGUUCAGGAAGCAAUUGCCAGAGAAGCUGCAGUUGCUGGUGAUCUCCAAUUGGCCCUUGAUCUGUGUCUUGGUUUGGCUAAGAAAGGGCAUGGUCACAUUUGGGACUUAUGUGCUGCAAUAGCAAGGGGUCCUGCCCUUGAAAACAUGGAUAUAAAUUCUCGAAAGCAGCUAUUGGGUUUUGCUUUGAGCAAUUGUGAUGAGGAAUCCGUUAGUGAGUUGCUCCAUGCAUGGAAAGAUCUAGAUUUGCAAGGUCAAUGUGAGACAUUAAUGAUGUUGACAGGGACUGAAUGUCCAGAUUUUUCAAUUCAAGGCUCCUCGGUUAUUACAGGUCCAGUCCAUGGUAUUCAAGAUAUAAUCAACCUAAAAGGUUGCUUGGAAAUGGUUGAAGGAGCUAGUUGUGACGAUCAAGAAAAAAUGGAAAACUUUUGUCUUUUGCUGCCCUUCAACUUCCAUGGUUGCUUCAACUAA